CAAAAAUGUCGUGAAACGCGAUGCUAGUGGAAAGAAAAGCAUGUUGUCAUGUAGCAAAUGCCUUUUUGAGUAGAUUAGUGCUAAUUUGGCCCACAUCCAGCCUGCAAAUCUCCAAAAUGUCCAAAAUGGUUUUUUUGACUAAAAGCUCCGAGAGUCAAUGGGUUGAGCAGUUUGUUAUAUUUCUUGUGGACAAGAAGCUGUCCGAGACUGCAAAUAAAAAGUUAAAAAAUAACUGACUUUGGUGUACGUUCAAGCCUAUGCUGUCUUGUUAAGCUAGAUAUGCACUUGUUGACUGAGAGAGAGGGCCGCACGAGAAUAUAUUUGACAUGGACCGAACGCGAGAGGAAACAUGGAAUAUUGAAUCUCGUAUUUACCAAUCAGGUAUUACCUGUCAUGCGUGCCCUAAAUAACUAAAUAACUGUUCUUUGUUUUCCAUCUCUUAAACGCGAACCGGCAUAACCGAACUAAGAACUUUUUCUCGAUGCAGUGAUGCAACUACCCAACCACAAACGCAGCGUCCACACUACGGAGAAAUUUGAAAACGCAGCUUUAUUUCUACGGUUACGCCGGCUUUUCGUUUUAGUCUGGACGGAACUCAAAACAUCUUAAAAACGCAGCUUUUCGAGAACGACGGCCUCACAAUAAUCACGUGAUUUCCUUGACCGAGUUUCCCUCAAACACAAAUCCAAAAUGACCGGUGAUUGUUGCGUUCUCAAAUUCCACCUGCGUAGAGUGGACAGAAAACAUUUGAUGCGUUUUGAGAGUGAAACCUGUUCUCAUAUUCGUCCGGCGUAGUGUCCCUCCGAUUACUAAUUCGGUAUAAACUGGCCUAUUUAAUAACUCAGAUAUCUCCUUUAUAUACUUGUAAAUAUAUUUAAUUCUUUAUUUUAUUUUAUUUUGAUCAUCUGUGUAAUUGAAUUCGAGUAAAUAAAUAAAUAAAUAAUUAUAUGAACGAUAAAUUUGCCAGCUCUUAGCCCAUCACGAUAAAAUAAUUAUCUCAGUUAUAUCAUGAAGGAGAAAAGUUCACAUUCUUCAGUUUCGACUCCUGUGUUUGCAGCCCAUUAGUACAUUGUCGCAAUUUGUGUUUGUAAAAUCAAUUGCUAUCCUUGAGCAAAAAAUAGCUCAUGUGAACUGUUAAAUAGAAACUGCUGUUGAAGUUCUGAUGAAGCCAAAGUUAACGCUUCAGCUGCUAAGAUGGAAAAUGUCCGACAUGAUCAAAAUUCCAAUGCUUGGAAAAACGACUAAAAAAUAAAAACAUUACACAACAAAAAGUAUGUUGAUAGAUUUUCUCUUGUAGCUUCCACAGGCUGAAAGUUUUCAGUGAAAUAAAAUGUAUUGACGAUAUGCACAGUUUACGCAGUAAUUAGUUCGCUUUCAGCCAUUCUCAUAAAUUCCGCUUACACAAACACUCGAAGUACUAAAAAAAACUGUAUGUACAAUAGCUAAUAAUUUACCAACAAAACUAUUUAAAGUACAGGAAAUUAGCUAAUCCAUAGCAGCUUCGUUUUAUGGACCAACAAGAAACGAAAAAUAUCAGAAGCGUUUGUCAAUCUCGAAGCAACGAUGAACCAUACCACCUCCAUAACGUUGCUUCCUUGUGGCAUUGCACUUCUUCGUUCUUUUGAUCCAUCAGAUGCUUCAUCGAGUGUUGUCGCUGUGUUCAUCUUCAGGACUACUGUGAAUGCAAUAAUAUGUCCCCUUAUCAUUCUGUUGAACGCGCUUGUUAUUGUGGCAGUGAAAACAAAACGACAGCUUCGCACCGAGUCGAACAUGAUUCUUGCCUGCUUGGCCACAACUGAUCUCAUGGUGGGACUUGUGACUCAACCGCUACAAAUCGCCAGCUACAGUUUAAUGAUCAGAGGUGAGACUCACAACAGCCAAUUUUGCACCCUGACCGAAGUGUCGAUGGCUGUAAGUAUGACAUGUUUGUCUGCAUCGCUAUUCCAUUUAUUCCUAAUGACUGCGGAGCGUUACAUAGCGAUAAAACACCCCUUCGCAUAUGAAAAUCAAGUUACUGAAGUUCGUCUCAUGGUGGCCUCUGGCGUGGCGUGGGUCGCUGGGAUAGUUCUUCCCUUUCAUCUCACCGGGGAUACAAACGAAACAUUUGAGCUGAAAUUAGAGGUUUCUAUGAUAUUGUAUAUCUUAGUCCCCGCAAUAGUUUACUGUAAUGUUGUUAUAUGCAAGGAGGUCCGCCGCAACGAAAAACAAAUUGUAUCUAACCAAGUGUCUUUAGAAGCCAAGGAGAAGAUGCUCAAGAAUAAGAAAUCUUUCUACACGACACUUGUCAUAAUACUCACAAUUUUUCUGUGCUUUAUUCCAACAAAUAUUUGUUUAAAUAUAAUUGAUUCUUUUACGGACAGAAUCCCCAACGAUGUAAGAGGGAUGGUCAUAUCUGUUGUAACGUUACUGCCGUUUCUAAAUUCGUUGUUCAAUCUCCUGAUUUACGUUGUUAGGAUAAGAUAUUUUCGCGUAGCUUUAAUUCAGUUGUUAUUACGAAAAAACGCAGCACGGGCAGAGGAACUUGAAAGUGGGAUGUUUGGAUCGCGACAAAAUAGAGUCAUAGUUAUUGCUGAACAACGAAAAGCGAGGGCUAGCCAAGAAGAUGAACAACAAGAAAACAAAACGCUGAACAAUGAGCACGCAACAGAAGUGGAAACGCAGCCACAAGCAGAAUAUCAAAAUAGAGAACUGGCUCUGUGAAGCCGAGUCCAAAGUCGCUCUGUAUCCUGCACUUGUGCAAUAAAUCUUAAGUAUAGCUAAAUGAUUUUAUGACGACUGUAGGGUAUGAACAAUAAAAUUAUAUCUGCUUUUUCCUUUUUUUCCUUCAUCAAAAUUAAAGGUGUAAUCCAAAUAAAUGAGUGAAUAAAUGUUAUGAAUCGCGACCCCUUUUGUACAUCUUUGCUUAAAAUAUGGCCGCCCAGAUCCUCAAGUCGAGCUGCAAAAGCCGAGGUCGGACUGAAAACAAUGUCCCCGAAGCUCAAAACUUGGGCGCGAGGAGAGCGAGGCAGUAGACCGCGAGCGCGACCUUCGCGUCUUCGAAGGACUUUGAGAACUGGGUUUGGGAAACCCUGUAUUAGGGUCUCAAUGGGAUUAACCGUUAGACGUUAAA